UCGUUCGUGUCGUAGAUAUUGAGCAUCAGGAGCUCCUAAGCAAGGGGAAUGAUUAUGUUCUGUCUGAGUACAUGCUGGAGUGGGUGAUUGGACUACAGUUGAGGUGCAGAAAGCCGUGGACGGAUUGUACACAUAUGUACAUUCCAGUGAUCGCGAACUCACACUGUUUUUCGGUGGAGAUCGUAUUUGCUGAUUCCACCAUAUAUGUGUACGACUCUGAUCAUAGCUGUCUGACACAAAGUCAAUUGGAGCAAAUACUGGAGCCAUUGGCUGUGAUUGUGCCCAUGAUGGUUAGUCAUGCGAUGAUUCGAGUAAAUGAUAGAUUAGCCAUUGUGCGGAACACGACGACUGCGAGACAAGAAAGAUCGGGUGACUGUGGCAUAUUUGCAAUCAAGUACAUAGAGUUCUUGAGCAUUGGUCGCAAUAUUGAUACAACAAAUCAGUCUUGGAUUGAUAUGUGGAGGCAUAAAUUAGCUUGCGACUUGUAUGAAUAUAACUGUGAUCCUUA